UUUUCUGGUUUCUGACACCGAAAACCCAGAUUACCCAAAGUUAAACCAGAACCAAACCGGAUUUUCAUGAUCCGCUUUCUGAAAUGAGCAGCGCGGCACCUGUAGAGAUACUGCGCAUGCGCAAACAUAAUCAGCUGAUUUAUACAAACCGAAACUAUUUCACCAACAAUUAUCCGCCAUUUCAGGACUCCAUUCUGUGGCGCAGACUUCAGCGGUCGGUCCGAUUGGCUUCCCAGCAGAGGAACCUGAGGAUGAAUCCAGAGGAGAACAGAGCAGCUGCUCCAUCACCCAGCGGCGUUUCUAUGAAGAGUGACCGAUCCAGAGAUCUUCCUUUGUACUUCAGUAAUCAUCCUGGAUUCCCAGACCAAAGAUUGGCUUCACACCAGAGGAACCUGAGGAUGAAUCCAGAGGAGAACAGAGCAGCCUCUCCAUCACCCAGCGGCGUUUCUAUGAAGAGUGACCGAUCCAUGGAUCUUCCUGUAGGCUUCAGUAAUCAUCCUGGAUUCCCAGACCAAAGAGGGAGGAAGAGGAGCAGCGUUGGUGAGGAGGAGCAGCCGUCCUGCUGUGCUUUGUGUCAGAAGGUUCUGAUGGAUCCGGUAUCUACCAGCUGUGGUCACUGGUUCUGCAGACAGUGCAUCAGGUUCUACUGGGACCAGUCUGGACCCUCCUCCUGCCCCCAGUGUGGGAAAAAAACCAGAACAGGAGCUGGACUGCUGACAGCCAAUCAGAGCAGCUGUGCUCCAGCAGAUGAUCAUCUGCAGGAGAUUCUACAGGAACAUAAGAUCAGUCUGAGGAGGAGAUGUGAAUGUGUUACUGAAGGAAGUGAUGAAACAGGAAGUAGAACCCUCCUCAACAGGAUCUACACUGAUCUCUAUAUCACAGAGGGACAAAGUGAAGAGGUUAAUACCCAACAUGAGGUGAAGCAGCUGGAGAGAGCUUCCAAGAUCCAGAACCUCCAUGACUCUCCAAUCAGGUGCCAUGACAUCUUUAAAUCCUUCCCUGAUCAUCAUGGAGCCAUCAGAGUGGUUCUGACUAACGGCGUCGCUGGUGUUGGAAAAACCUUCUCAGUUCAGAAGUUCACUCUGGACUGGGCAGAGGGCUUGGAGAACCAAGAUGUCAGUGUGUUGGUUCUGCUUUCGUUCAGGGAGCUGAACUUGGUCAGAGAUGAGCAGCACAGUCUUCUCACGCUGCUCCAUGUUUUCCAUCCAACCCUCCAGAAGCUCCCAGCAGAGCAACUGGCUGUCUGCAAACUUCUCUUCAUCUUUGAUGGCCUGGAUGAAAGCAGACUUUCACUGGACUUCAACAACAGUCAGCUGGUUUCUGACGUCACACAGAAGUCAUCAGUCAACGUUCUGCUGACAAACCUCAUCAAGGGGAACCUGCUUCCCUCGGCUCUCAUCUGGAUAACUACCAGACCUGCAGCAGCCAAUCAGAUCCCUCCUUCAUGUGUUUCCAGGGUAACAGAAGUACGAGGCUUCACUGACACCCAGAAGGAGGAGUACUUCAGGAAGAGGUUCAGUGAUGAAGAGCUGUCCAGCAGAAUCAUCUCCCACAUCAAGACCUCCAGGAGCCUCCACACCAUGUGUGGAAUCCCAGUGUUCUGCUGGAUCACUGCUACAGUUCUGGAGAACAGGUUGACCUCAGAGCAGAGAGGAGAGCUACCCAAGACCAUGACUGACAUGUACUCCCACUUCCUGCUGGUCCAGACAAAGAGGAAGAAGAACAAGUACCAUGGAGGACAUGAGACAAGUCCACAGGAGCUGAUGGAGGCUGACAAGGAAGUUCUUCUGAAGCUGGGGAGGCUGGCGUUUGAACAUCUGGAGAAAGGAAACAUCAUGUUCUACCAAGAAGACCUGGAGCAGUGUGGUCUGGAUGUCACAGAGGCCUCAGUGUACUCAGGAGUUUGUACAGAGAUCUUCAAAAGAGAGAAUCUGAUCUUCCAGAAACCAGUCUACUGCUUUGUUCAUCUGACCAUCCAGGAGUUUCUGGCUGCAGUCUACAUGUUCCACUGUUUCACCAAUACGAACUCAGAGGUGGUGAAGAAGUUCCUGGAAAAAAAAUACAAUGAAACAUCUCUGGAGGACUUUAUGAAAAAAGCCAUGGAGAAAUCUCUGAGAAGUAAAAAUGGCCACCUGGAUCUGUUUGUUCGUUUCCUUCAUGGCCUCACUGUGGAGUCCAACCAGAGACUUUUAGGAGACCUGCUGGGUCAGACAGAAAACAGUCCAGGAACCAUCAAGAAAAUCAUCAAUAAUCUGAAGAUGGGAAGAAUAAAGGCGUCCCCUGAUAGAAACAUCAACAUCUUCCACUGUCUAUUGGAGAUGAAAGAUCUCUCAGUUGAUCAGGAGAUUCAGCAGUUCCUGAAAUCUCCAAACAGAUCAAAGAAGAAUCUAUCUAUGAUCCAGUGCUCAGCUCUGGGCUUCAUGCUGCAGAUGUCAGAGGUUCUGGAUGAGUUGGACCUGGAAAAGUACAAUACAUCAGAAUCGGGGCGACUGAGACUGAUUCCAGCUGUGAGGAACUGCAGAAAGGCUCGACUUGGUGGCAUUAAACUCUCUGAUGCUGAAGGUGAAGUUGUGGCUUCAGCUCUGAAGUCCAAUCCUCAUCUGACUGAACUGGAAAUAAGAGACGAACUGGGAAACUCUGUACUGGAGCGUCUGUGUGAAGGCCUGAAGAGUUCAGUCUGUAAUCUGGAGAUCCUGAGAUUGGAGAAAUGCAGUUUGUCAGAGAUCAGCUGUUCUUCUCUGGCCUCAGCUCUGAAGUCCAACCAACAUCUGACAGAACUGGAAAUAAAUGAGAUCAACAUACUGGGAACCAUUACAGACUCUGGACUGAAUCCUCUGUGUGAGAUCCUGCAGAGUUCAGUCACUAAAGUCAAGACUUUAAGAUUGGAGAAAUGCAGUUUGUCAGAGAUCAGCUGUUCUUCUCUGGCCUCAGCUCUGAACUUUAACCCCUCACAUCUGACUGAACUGGAGCUGAGAGGAAACAACCUGAAAGAUUCUGGAGUGAAGGAGCUCUGUGGUUUCCUACAGAAUCCAGAAUGUAAACUACAACGAUUACAAUUGGAGAAAUGCAGGUUGUCAGAGAUCAGCUGUUCUUCUCUGGUCUCAGCUCUGAAGUCCAACCAACAUCUGACUGAAGUGGAGCUGAACUGGAACGACCUGAAAGGUUCUGCAGUGAAGGAGCUCUGUGGUUUCCUACAGAGUCCAGAAUGUAAACUACAACGAUUACAAUUUAGCCACUGCUGGUUGUCAAAGAUCAGCUGUGAUGAUCCGGCCUCAGCUCUGAACUCCGACCCCUCACCUCUGACUGGACUGAAGCUGAGAGGCAACUACAACCUGGGAGAUGCUGGAGUGAAGGAGAUCUGUGAUAUUCUACAGACUGGAUGCAGAAUACAACGAUUAGAAUUGAGGAACUGCAGUUUGUCAGAGAUCAGCUGUUCUUCUCUGGCCUCAGCUCUGACCUUUAACCCCUCACAUCUGACUGAACUGGACCUGAGCAACAACAACCUGAAAGAUUCUGGAGUGAAGGAGCUCUGUGGUUUCCUACAGAAUCCAGAAUGUAAACUACAACGAUUACAAUUGGAGAGCUGCAGUUUGUCAAAGAUCAGCUGUUCUUCUCUGGCCUCAGCUCUGACCUUUAACCCCUCACAUCUGACUGAUCUGAACCUGGGCUGGAACAACGACCUGAAAGAUUCUGGAGUGAAGGAUCUCUGUGGUUUCCUACAGAAUCCAGAAUGUAAACUACAACGAUUACAAUUGAUGAACAGCUGGUUGUCAGAGAUCAGCUGUUCUUCUCUGGUCUCAGCUCUUAAGUCCAAUCCCUCCCAUCUGACUCAACUGGACCUGAGCUACAACAAGAACCUGAAAGAUUCUGGAGUGAAGGAGCUCUGUGGUUUUCUCCAGAAUCCUGAAUGCAGAAUACAACGAUUAUCAUUGAGGUACUGCAGUUUGUCAGAGAUCAGCUGUUCUUCUCUGGCCUCAGCUCUGACCUUUAACCCCUCACAUCUGACUGAACUGGACCUGAGCAACAACAACCUGAAAGAUUCUGCAGUGAAGGAGCUCUGUGGUUUCCUACAGAAUCCAGAAUGUAAACUACAGCGAUUACAAUUUAACCACUGCUGCUUGUCAAAGAUCAGCUGUGAUGAUCCGGCCUCAGCUCUGAACUCCGACCCCUCACCUCUGACUGGACUGCAGCUGAGCAACAGCUACAACAACAACCUGGGAGAUGCUGGAGUGAAGGAGAUCUGUGAUAUUCUACAGACUGGAUGCAGAAUACAACGAUUACAAUUGAGGAACUGCAGUUUGUCAGAGAUCAGCUGUUCUUCUCUGGCCUCAGCUCUGACCUUUAACCCCUCACAUCUGACUGAACUGGACCUGAGCUACAACGACCUGAAAGAUUCUGGAGUGAAGGAGCUCUGUGGUUUCCUACAGAAUCCAGAAUGUAAACUACAACGAUUACAAUUGAAGAACUGCAAGUUGUCAGAGAUCAGCUGUUCUUCUCUGGCCUCAGCUCUGACCUUUAACCCCUCACAUCUGACUGAACUGGACCUGAGCAACAACGACCUGAAAGAUUCUGGAGUGAAGGAGCUAUGUGGUUUCCUACAGAAUCCAGAAUGUAAACUACAACGAUUACAAUUGAAGAACUGCAAGUUGUCAGAGAUCAGCUGUUCUUCUCUGGCCUCAGCUCUGACCUUUAACCCCUCACAUCUGACUGAACUGAAACUGAGCAACAACAACCUGAAAGAUUCUGCAGUGAAGGAGCUCUGUGGUUUCCUACAGAAUCCAGAAUGUAAACUACAACGAUUACAAUUGAAGAACUGCAGGUUGUCAAAGAUCAGCUGUUCUUCUCUGGCCUCAGCUCUAACCUUUAACCCCUCACAUCUGACUGAACUGGACCUGAGCUACAACAACAUCCUGAAAGAUUCUGGAGUGAAGGAGCUCUGUGGUUUCCUACAGAAUCCAGAAUGUAAACUACAACGAUUACAAUUGAGGAGCUGCAGGUUGUCAGAGAUCAGCUGCUCUUCUCUGGCCUCAGCUCUGACCUUUAACCCCUCACAUCUGACUGAACUGGACCUGAGCAACAACGACCUGAAAGAUUCUGGAGUGAAGGAGCUAUGUGGUUUCCUACAGAAUCCAGAAUGUAAACUACAACGAUUACAAUUUAACCACUGCUGCUUGUCAAAGAUCAGCUGUGAUGAUCCGACCUCAGCUCUGAACUCCGACCCCUCACCUCUGACUGGACUGGAGCUGAGAGGCAACUACAACCUGGGAGAUGCUGGAGUGAAGGAGAUCUGUGAUAUUCUACAGACUGGAUGCAGAAUACAACGAUUAGAAUUGGCGUUCUGCAGUUUGUCAGAGAUCAGCUGCUCUUCUCUGGCCUCAGCUCUGACCUUUAACCCCUCACAUCUGACUGAACUGGACCUUAGCUGGAACCACCUGAAAGAUUCUGGAGUGAAGGAGCUCUGUGGUUUCCUACAGAAUCCAGAAUGUAAACUACGACGAUUACAAUUGAUUGGCUGCAGUUUGUCAGAGAUCAGCUGUUCUUCUCUGGUCUCAGCUCUGAAGUCCAACCCCUCCCAUCUGACUGAACUGAACCUGAGAGGAAACAACCUGAAAGGUUCUGGAGUGAAGGAGCUCUGUGGUUUCCUACAGAAUCCUGAUUGCAAAAUACAACAAUUAAUGUUGCCCUCCAACACUCGGCUCAUCAACGUAUCGCCACCAACUGUAACUUCUACAUCCACUGCAGCUACGUCUUCGCCGAGACUCGACUUCUUUCUUUCUCAUCAAGAUGAAUCACACAGUCAGUAUGUGGGACCUUCCAGGACAGAUAGGCAGAUGACUGCGUUUUUUAAUUUUCCCACCUUAAUUCCACAGAGUAAGAAAGUUUCCACAGAAAAGCCUCCAGAACUUGUUGACCAGUUAGAACCACCGUGUUUAAAAUACAGCAGACAAGAUCCAGCAGGAAACAACCAAGAUGAAAUAAUGGAGUCGGUUGGACAUGUGAGCCACUCCGUCCCAAACAGAUCAGCCUCUACUGACCUUCUCCAGACUUCAGGAUCUGGUUUGAGAAGAAGAGACCUCAGUAACUCAUCUCCUUCUCUCCUCUCUCCUCUGAUUCAUCAGGAUCCUCCUCUAGACGUCAGUAUCUUACCCCGAGCUGCUAGUUUACCCAACAUGAAGCUCCACAGCAGCUUUGAGGAGUUUACUCCUGGUUUCUGUGGAGAUGCAGAUGAUGAAACCUACUGGUUCCAGUGCUCCAGUCCAGGCCUGUACCAGUGCAGAGUGAGCGGCCUGGUGUUUGACAUGAAGGGAGGAGGAGACGUGUUUUACAGGGUCGUUCCCUGGAACAGGAGAUUACUGAGCCCACAUGGCAAGAAGCCUGCAGGACCUCUGUUUGACAUCAGCUGCCAGCAGCAGUCUGUGGCUCAGCUUCAUCUCCCUCACUGUGAGGUCCGCUCCACAGGACGAUGUCACUUCCUGUCAGUCGCUCAUCUACAUGACGAAGGCGUCGAGUUCAUCGGGCCUGAGAGGAUCACAGAGACUCACAUCAUCAUCAGCAUCACAGGGUUUUCUGCUUUUGGGAACGUCAAGGAUGAAGAUUCUCCUCCUGACCCGGUCCGAGCUUUGGUUCUGCUGUUCUACAAACCUCCAGCUGAUCCCGAGUCAGAACACGAGAUUAAUGUGUUGAUGCUGCCAAAGAACGUUGUUCUCAACAAUGUGCUGCGUUUCAGGAAGAAAUUAGACGAUAAUGAAAGAUUCCUGGAGAGGCCUCCAGAUUGCAAACUGCAGCCAAAUCAGGUUUACUCUCUGUCUGUCUCUCCUGGUGGCGACUCGGUUCUGGUUCAGCCCAAAGAAGCCGAGUUUGAUGCAGAAUCCUAUGAAAACUACCUCUCAAAGUUCUGUGUUUCUUUUGAGAAAAUGAUGAAACAUAGUCUGUCUCUGAGGGACAGCAGCUCCUGCAUUGUCUGGGAGAGACGGGUUUGUCUUUCUGCUGCCGGAGUCAGAAGAUCCUGUGGACCGACCCGACAGAACCUCAGUCCAAAAGAGCAACUGAUGGAGAUAAGGAUCAACUUCAUAGAUGGGAUAUCAGGACCGGUUCUGCAGAGUUUGAUGGAUAAUCUGCUGAAGGAAAAAAUCAUCAAUGACUCUGAGAUGGAGGCAGUGGAGGCAGAGAGAACCAGAGGAGACAAAACUCGAGUUUUAAUCGACACGGUGAGGAGAAAAGGAGAUGAUGCAAGUUCUGAGAUGAUCCACUUCCUCUGUGAGCUCGACCACCACUUCUCUGAACAUCUGGGGCUGGUGUGAGGAAGAAUCAGACAGAAUGUAAAAACUAAUGUUGAGACCACUGAGAGUUAAUUUUUCUGUUAAACUGAAAAUAUUGAACCUUCAGUGAAGCUUCAUUGUUUUGAUUCAAAAUGAUGCUAAACGUUGCAGAGGUUGGAGAUACCUGCAGAAAAGACUUAGCUGAAUAUUACUGAGCUGGAAGUGAAGAACAAACCAUCAGGCCUGGUGGUUUGUUUCUGUGGUGCAACAAACACGAAGAAACACUUUUUUUUCUGCCCUCCAGGGGGUUUACAAGGACUGACACAUACUGACCAGGCUAAACCAUACAAUGAUGCCAACAAUAAAGCAGCAUUGCAGCACGGUCAACAGAAAUUACAACAACCACCGGCGCACCAGCUUCCUCAUACAUACAAAGGCAGCGCGCCAGUAUGGCUCCCAUUCAUACCUUAGUGACAGUCACACCCACCUCCACACUCCCACCACCCACGUGCCAAAGCCGUGUCUCCUGCCACUUCUGCAGCUGCCCACCCCAAUCAUACGGCUCCUACACUGUGGAAAUGGGAUUCAGACUUCAGUGGUCCAACUUGAUUUCAUUGCUUGUUGUGUUUUAUUAUAUGUCCAUUAUAUGUUCCAUUAUUGUAGUGCUUCUCAAUUCCAGUCCUCAGGCCUCCCUGCUCUGCAUGUUUUAGAUGUACCUCUAUUCCAGAGCAGCUGAUUCAAAUGAUUU